CGUUCUUCCGUUUCUUAAUCUACUUAUCAGAUUUGGAAAUUUCGUUUCUCCUUGUAUUGUGUGUGGUUGGUUCAUUGAACUAAUAUUUGCUGGUUCGGCAGUCUCGUUCACGUUUAGGAACGUCGCGCGAGCAUUAAUUUCACGGAACAUCGGAUAAGUUUUUACCGUUCACUUACGAAAGAACGCGCGGCACGGUAAGACCGGUAAACAACCAGCGAAAAACGAACCACAACGAAAGCGAUGGUGGAAGUUUUAUUGGAAUCGUGCGGCCAAGACGUGGCGGUGCCGGAAAACGGUUGCAAUCUAAACGAGAACACAAUAGUAUGCUCACCACGGCAGGAACGCGAUUGCCAUUUCACCACGGACGAGUCGAACCUCACUCCCAUUCAGAAUUUUUACAAUGGACAAAGUGUCUUUGUAACAGGUGGUACCGGAUUCAUGGGAAAGCUACUGAUCGAGAAGCUUCUCCGUGAGUGUCCUGGGAUCUCGUUUAUUUAUUUGUUGGUACGUCCGAAAAAAGGAAAGGAUGUGCAUCAACGUAUCGAAGAGAUCUUUGAUGAUCCGCUUUUUAGCAAACUGAAAGAAAAGCAGCCAAAAUUUAGACAUCAAACUGUCGCAAUAGCUGGAGACUGUAGUCUGCCCGGCUUGGGUAUCUCUGCUACCGACAGAGCCAUGAUAACACGCGAUGUUUCGAUCGUUUUUCACGUCGCGGCGACCGUCAGAUUCGAUGAAAAGAUGAAACUCGCUGUGCCCAUCAAUGUUAGGAGUCCGAAGGAUGUGAUUGAUCUUUGCAAAGAAAUGUCUGGUUUAAAGUCAUUCGUACACGUGUCAACGGCAUACGCCAAUUGUCCGUAUACAUUGAUCGAGGAGAAGGUAUACGAUCCACCAAUGGAGCCGGACAAGUUGGUCACUCUGAUGGAAUGCAUAGACGAGAAACUGCUCGAAGAAAUAACUCCGCGAUUGCUGGGCGCCUGGCCGAACACGUACACUUUCACAAAAGCAGUAGCAGAAAACAUCGUGAAUAAAAGGGCCGAUGAUCUGCCCGUCGGAAUAUUUCGUCCCGCGAUUGUGAUAUCCACGUACCGAGAACCGUUACGAGGAUGGAUCGAUAACUUGUAUGGGCCAACUGGAGUAGUGGCUGGGGCAGGUACCGGAAUUCUGCGAUCGAUUCACUGUGACGGUUCCAUACAGGCUAACGUUGUACCUGGAGACUUAACAGUGAACGCUCUAAUAGCCUGUGCUUGGGAUGUAGCGAAUCGUCACAGAUCUGCGACUACCAAGGAAGAAAAAUCGAAAGAUAUUCCAGUUUACAAUUACGUUUCGAAAGACAAUCCCAUCACAUAUGACCAGUUAAAAAACAUGUCCGAAAAGUAUGGUUUCGAAUUUCCAACUGGCAAGGCGAUAUGGUACUACAGUUUUCGCAACACCAAGUAUAGAAUAAUUCACUUUUUCUACGUUUACUUGUUGCAUCUACUUCCGGCGUUACUGAUCGAUACCGCUAUGCUUUGCUUAGGCAAACAACCCAGAAUGCUCAAGAUCUACAAAAAGAUACACAAAUUUAUGGACGUGCUGAAUUAUUUUACAACAAAAACCUGGAAAUUUUCAAACGACAAUUUUAAAGCAGUCUUAAAUAAAAUGAGUCCGGAGGAUCGCGAAAAUUUCGCCUGCGACAUCGCUAGGAUCGACUGGGAUCAUUACUUUCGAACUUACGUGCGAGGAGUUCGUGUCUAUUUAAUAAAAGAUCCCCUGGAUACUCUUCCACAAGCACGCGUUAGAUGGCAAAGAUUAUACUGGAUCCAUCAAGCGUUGAAAUUGAUUCUCGCUUAUGGUAUGCUCAGAAUAUGUUGGUUGACUAUGUUUCACCUUUUUCGGCUUUGUACGUGGCAGUCUGCGUAGCAUCAAUGCAUACGUUUAUUAAUACAAAUACAUAUAAAUUUAUAUGCCGUGGCGUGCGAACCUAGAGGCGCGCGCACGCGCGCGCGUGUGUGUGUGU